AUCACGUGUGUAUUAUUUCAAAGCCAUGCAACCGGGUCAGAGUUCAGUAAAUACUGAUGAUGUCAUCGUGUGAAGAUGGCUGAAGGAGAAGGCUGGUGGGGAGGCUGGCUUCAGCAGAGCUUCCAGGCCGUCAAAGAUAAGUCAUCUGAGGCCUUAGAAUUCAUAAAGCGAGACCUGACAGAGUUCUCCACUGUGGUGCAACAUGACACGACCUGCUCUAUUGUGGCUACUGCCACUGCUGUCAGAAACAAGCUUGCGGUGGAAGGUUCCCAUGAGACCACAGAGAAGGUGAAGAAGGGCCUCUCUAGUUUCUUAGGGGUGAUAACAGACACGCUUGCUCCACCUCCUGAUAAAACCAUUGACUGUGAUGUCAUCACAUUGGUGGCAACGCCAGCAGGAACUACAGAGGUUUACGACAGUUCGAAGGCACGUCUCUACAGUUUACAAGCUGACCCGGCUACAUACUGCAAUGAGCCUGAUGGUCCCCCAGAGCAGUUUGACAACUGGCUGUCCAGCUUCAGUUUGGAAGAUAAGAAAGGAGAAAUCUCAGAGCUUUUGGUCAACAGUCCCUCUAUACGAGCCCUUUACACCAAAAUGGUGCCAGUGGCUGUAGCCCAUUCAGAAUUCUGGCAGAGAUAUUUCUACAGAGUCUUCCAGUUGGAUCAGGAGGAGGCGAGGAGAGUUGCGUUGAAGCAGAGAGCGGAACAGACCACACACACAGAGACCUUAGGCUGGGAGGAGGAGGAAGAGGAAGAUGACUUCCUCGGCGCCACAUCAUCAUCUCAACUCAACUUUACAAACCCACUGGACAACAGCUCAACCCUGCUCCAGACGACCUCGACCCCUCCCACGGGUACGACCCUGCGGAGCCCCAUCCUGUCUCCAAGCGAAGAACGUGACAACACCCUCUCAUUCAGCAGCGACAGCGUCAGCCUGCCGACUCAGGUGGAAGUGCGGCUGGAGCCCGUUGUCACAGAGCUGGCCGAGAAACUGAUAGAAGCCAGCUUCGAAGAUGUCGCGGACAAGACACAGGAAGAGCAGAGGCCCGGAAAGAAUGACUUACCUGUUGAGGCUCAAGUGGAAGCUGUAACCCAGCCAGACGUCACUACUGAUGGGGCGUCAGUGCGGGCGUCUGCCCCCACCUCGAAACCAGAGGCGGCAAAGGAGGAGGGGCCGCAGGACCUGAGAGUGUUCGAGCUUAACUCUGACAGCGGGAAAUCUACGCCCUCUAACAAUGGCAAGAAAGGGUCCAGCACCGAUGUGAGCGAGGACUGGGAGAAAGACUUCGACCUGGACAUGACAGAAGAAGAAGUCCAAAUGGCACUCUCUAAAAUAGAAGCUUCUGGAGAGAUGGACGAAGACUGGGAGAACUGGGACUGAGAGCCACCGCAACACAAACUCUGUCCCGCCAUUAAAGCUAGUUCUCGGCAGACGAACCAUGCUUAACGUGUUUUAACUCUUUGUCCACACUGUCACCAUGUCAUGAUUGUCAGUAGGGGAUUUUCCAGCAGGUUUGGACCAUGUAGGUAAACCUGUUAAAAAAGAGCAACGGGAAGACCAAGGCAAUAAGAAUUACACUGCUCCGUCAGCUGUCAGUUUAGUGCAAAUAGGCCGCUAGCGAGGGUAAUGACUCAGGUCUUGGCUAUUUCUUGGAGUAACUUGUGACUUAGAGAGCUUAUGACACUAGUCACUACCUUUUUAAAGCUUAAGGACACGCAGUGACAAGGCAGACUGGGAAAGGUUUCACUGCAGCAGGGGAGGAGCUGUUUCCCCUUUUUUCUUUAUGCCAUUAAACUCAUCACGUACCGUAUGUUUUGAGUGCAUUGCAGGUUUGGUUUGGAAAUGACUUAACUGCAGGCUGCAAAUUACCCAUAAACUAUAAUGCUGCUUGUCACCUUUCUAAGAUGAAAUACAAGUGAUUUUUGAAUGAUGAUGCUCGAUUGAUUUGAUUCUACCUGUGCCCCCUAUCUUUCUUUCUCAUCUUUAAUAUGCAAAUGAAUCCUCAAAAUGAAAAACAAUACUUUGGCCUUCAUUCACAGAGCACUUUUCAUUUUGGAUUCACUCCCAACUCAAGAUUUAUGGCCUUUUAAAACACACACUAGUGUGAUAAUGUUAUCCAAAUAUUUUUGUUACCAGCUAAUGUGUCAUUAUUAGUUAUUUCCCCUCUCUUUGUCUUGUCAUGUGAUUCAUUUGCAUAUAUGAGCUUAUUAUAGGCUGUAACUGUCACUUUUAAAUGUUUCACUUCAUGAUUUGUCUUAUUUUUGGUUAGAGGGAAUUCAUUAAUUAUGACUUCAAGAGAAUUUAAACGAGUCCUGGUGUCAUGAUACUAGAUUCUUUGGCUUGAAAUUGAGGCAAGCAUCUGUUGUUAUUUACUUGUUAAGGAAAAUAUGACAAAUUGGUGAAGUUUAAAGCUUCUCUCUCUGCCCAUGUUUGGAACAAAAUGGCUCAGCAGGUAGUGUGCCAAGUAGACCAAGGAGCCACAUGAGCACGCUCCAUGCUUUUCUGAAUUCCUUUUCCAUCAUCUGUAAUGUGACCGAGAAAAAUAAUCCUAGAGAUGUAAUAUUUAUACUAAACUAAAUGCUUAAUUAUUGUAUAAUGUGCUUUGGAUUGCAUGUCUGGUGCAAUAACAUGCAAAACAUUGUGCAGAUGGUUACUGUUGAGUUGUAUGUUUUUUUUCGGUAAAGACAUUGGCUGUUCUUAAAGUUUUUGUGUUCUGACAAUGUGUUGCAUGUCUCUAAUUCUCGGCUGUGUAUUCCCUUCAGAUUCACACUUUGAACUAAUCAAAGCUGUUCUACACACAUCUGUUUUCAAAGCUGUCAAGUUAUUUCUUUUUUUAAGUCAAGUAUUUCACUAUAUUUUUCAAAUGAUCAUUGUCAUUAAAGGAUUCAUGGCGAA